UAACCGCCACGUGCGUACGUCUUCUUCGUGUUAUGUAAGGAGCCGUAUAUAACCUGAGCCGGGCCAGUUCCUGGAAGUAGACACCUGAGAACAUAGUGUGGCACUCGUGUACCCCAAAUUUUAAAAACAUGGAGAUCGGCGACCAAGAUCGUGAUCAUGUUUUCUACGAGUUUCCGUCGAUUCUGAUGUCACAGUUGAACGAACAACGACUUGAUGGAGAUAAUUGUGACGUCACAUUGAUUGCGAAUGAUGGAGUGACUUUUAAAGCGCACAAGGCGGUGCUAUCAUCUUACAGUCGAUACUUCAAGAUGUAUUUUCUGACAAACCAACGAAACAAACAAGUCCAGGAUAGAAUAGAACUCGGAGGAUUUUGUUCGAGAACAAUCGGGUGUAUUCUGGAAGCUUUUUAUACGUCACGACUUGUACUUAACAUAGAGUUGGUAAACAAGGUUUUGUUGGCUGCUGACGUCAUGGAAGUUUAUCGGAUAAGUGAAGUUUGUAAACGUUAUCUGGCUGAACAUAAGACACAACAUAGUAUGCGGCAUAUUGGUCCAACCAAACCAGAGUCUUCGAAAAGUUCGCUAGUUCACGGACAAUCCCAGAAAGCUUUAAGAACUCCCGGAAGAUUUCGAGAACCAAGCCUUCGAAAGUCUUCCCUCGACUUAUCGCCCACUGCGAUCACAAACUUGGUUUUAAGCGGCGAUGUUUCUCAAGAUAAAAGCGCUGUUGCUUGUGGGGAAACACCACCUGCGUUUAACGUCACAUUUCCAGCUCGAGUUCACCCAGAAGAACCACGGCCACAUACAAGCGCGUUUAAACCAAGAGGUUUAACACAGCACACUGCAGUACAACCGUAUCCACUUCCGUCCGUUCCACCUUUUAUAACAGUUCCAGCUUUAUACAAGCAAACACCUACCCAACAGCCACAUGGUAGCCAUACAACCCCCUACGGGGUAUUCCCCAGAGCCGUAUGCCCUCACUGUAGAGUUGAGUUUAUGAACCCAUGGAUGCUUGAACUGCAUGAUAACCUUUACCAUCGGCCAGUGCUGCGCAACUACUUUCCACCUCCUAUCCAACGCACUUUGUCAGCACCAAACCCAACCACAUCUGGCAACACUGAAUCUUCUUCGUCAGAUGAUUCGAAUAUUACAUCAUCAGUUCGAGGGACUUCCCCCCAACAAUCUAGCGACAUAGAAAUCGUAGAUGAGGUUCCAAACAGAAAUGAAGCAGUUGCCACAGAUGCGCGACAUAAACGCGCAUACCAAUGCGAUUUAUGUAACGCUAGUUUCCCAAGCAAAGCAGGCUUAUCUGUUCACUUUCGGCUCCACACUGGUGAGCGGCCGUACCAAUGUACCAUAUGCCAUAAGUCAUUCACACAACUGGGUCAUGUGCAAAGACAUCAAAAAGUUCAUACUGGUGAGAAGCCGUACCAGUGUGGUAUAUGCCAUGCUAGAGUUCGUGACAAAGCAUCUAUGAGGUAUCACAUACAAGCCCAUAAAGGUGUCAAGCCGUUUCACUGUGAUCAGUGUGAUGCAAGGUUUACAAAGAGGUCAAGUCUUGUGAAGCAUAAAAAUGUCCAUACUGGUGAAUACAUGCACCAAUGUCAACAGUGUAAGGCAAGCUUCAGAGAAAAAGCAAGUCUAAGUCGCCAUAAACGAUGCCAACAUAGUCAACAUACUGAUGAAUAAUCAACAUGCUGUUAAGGUUACCAUGCAAACUGUUAUGAAAUAAUAGCAUUUAAAAGAAUUUAAUGUAUUCUGUAUGGUUGAGAUCCUACAGUAUAACACGCUAUAAAAAUGCUUGAACUUAAGUCAAAGCCCAUCAUGCUCAUGAAAAAGCUUCUCUUAUAAUAUCAAUAUUUUCUAUUUUCUUUGUAUCUAUUAUUGAAGAAAAGUUUGCAACAAAAAUGAAAGAGAAUAAAGUUCCUAUGCUCUAUUUGUACUAUUAAGCACAAAUCUUGCAAAUAAAGCAGUUGUUUUGGUUUAAAA